UAUUUUCUCAUUCUAUAAUAUAUUUUGUAAUUAAAUUACGGUUUUAAUUAUAGAAAGUAGAAACAAUGUAAUUAAUCUUGCAAAAAUUGUAUUAAUUAUAAAUUAUACUGCAGACAACUAUAAAACUGCCACAUCAGCUUUGAUUGACCAGUAAUUUUGUUGCAUUUGGCAAAUGGUUGUUAGACUCCCAUUUGUCAUUUAGCAACAAAAUUAUAAUAUUGUAUGAUUUUUUAUUAAAGUCGUCUCAUUGUAAGAUGACUUUAAUUAAAUGGCAAAUGCAAACAGUUAGAAGUAUACCUUAAAAGUGUAUUUCAAGUUUUGAGUUUAAGCACAAAGUAGGCGAUAUAAUGCUUUUAGGAAAACUGAGUAGUGCCUCAGUUUGGUAUUAAGUUUUCAUAAACAGUAUUGUCUUAAAGAAUCUUCGGUAUACGCUUAUAAUUUAUUUAACUCAAGUUAUUUGUUUUAUUUGUAAUUUCAAUUCAUAGUAUUUUGUAGUAGGUGUUAAGACUUGUAAUCUCGUUACGGUGCUUGUACUCUCUUAAUUUUUCCAUUUAUAAAACCUAUAACAGUAUCCUUCAAUUCAUACUCCUCCGAACCACUUAUUUUGUAUUAAUUGCAUUUUAGUUUGUCCCACUCAUUUAGAAUCAUUUCUAUUUUUGAAUAAUAACCAUCAUUUUUUUUAUCUCAUCCAUACAUUUUAAUUCUCAUUUAAUUUCAUCCACAUAAUUCAUUAUUUCUCUUCAUUUAUUACCAAUAUCUCUUUUUUCUUAAGAAUCCCCUACUUUCUCUUUGCUCCAAAUCUAUCUGGAUUAUAAGUGUUAUAAAUAAACCCGAUGACUCGAAAUAUAUCUGAUCUAGUAGCCAAGCCCGAUUUGACCCAACUUUAAAAAUGAUAUACAAUUAUGUAAAAAACAAUAUGAACACAAAAUCCGAUUUCAAACCGACCCGAAACAUCUAACCCGAAAUCAACCCCAUGACCUGAACCCCAAGAAUACCUGUAAUCACUACUUAUACAAGCUAAAUCAAGUAUCCUUCAUUUCAUAUUACCCAAUUUCAAUAUACCCAAUUCAAUAAUAUCAUCAUUUGCUUGGAAGGGCUAUGCUUUUUCUGAGUAUCUUUUCAAUCUUAACAGCAACACACAUAGCUGCUCAAAACAGUGGCAAUCUAACUGUCGGUCAAUCUUUCACAGCCACACUUAAUGACUCUCCAUGGCUUUCCCCUUCAUCUGAUUUUGCAUUUGGGUUUCAUCCAUUACCCACCAACACCUCUCUCUUUUUGCUUGCCAUUUGGUAUGCAAAGAUUUUCGAUACAAUCGUCUGGUGUGCAAACGAUGGAAAUCCCGUUCAACAAGGAUCACGACUAGUCUUAACAGCUAAAGCCGGUCUAGUCCUAACAGAUCCUCAAGGCGCCAGUUUAUGGAAUACCUCUCAUGACCUAACUGAUGCUACCACUAUAAACCAUGGAUUUUUAAGUGAUACUGGGAAUUUCGUCCUCAAAACUACCCGUCAUGAUGACCCAGUUUGGCAGAGCUUUGACCAUCCGACAGACACCUUGCUGCCAGGGCAGUCUUUGAAUAUAAGUGGGUUUGUCAAUUCUAGGCUGUCUGAAACUGUAUUUAGUAAUGGAAGGUUUCAGUUGCAUUUGAUCGCUAAAAGAGGCAUUGUUCUUAGUGCAAGAGAUGUAGCCUCCGGCAAUCUCUAUGGAGCCUAUUUUGUUGUUGAAUUCGAUGGUCAGAAAUUGAUUUACAAUGAGUCUGGCUAUAUGUACAUAGCAACAAAAAAUGGCACAAUUUAUGAUCUUUUACCACAAAACAAGACUUUGUUGGCUAAAGAUUUUUAUCAGAGAGCAGUUUUGAACUUUGAUGGGGUUUUGAUUUGGUAUUCUAUACCAAAAAAAUCUGUAAGCAACGAUUGGUCUAUGGUUAAAGUAUUACCUGAGAAUAUAUGUACGAGUAUAGGAGAUUCUGGUGUACAAUAUGGCAGUGGAAUUUGUGGAUUUAACAGCAUUUGUGUCCUUGAUGGGGAUAAAAGGCCUACAUGUAAGUGCCCGCCAGGCUAUUCGCUACUCGAUCCUGAUAAUAUGUAUGGAAGUUGUAUACCCGAUUUCAAGACCGAGUGCGAAGGAUAUGAAGAUCUUUGUACGAGGGGCGCAUACAGGCUAGAACCCCUUAAUAAUACAAAUUGGCCAUUCAGUGAUUAUGAAAAACUUGAACCUUAUGAUGAAAAAAAUUGCAAAUUGUCAUGUAUGUAUGACUGCUUCUGUGCUGCAGUGGUUUUCCGGGAGACCAGUACUCCCGUUUGUUGGAAGAAAAAGGCACCUUUAUCAUAUGGAAAACAAGACGUAAUUGUGAAGGAGACUACUUGGAUUAAAGUCGGAAAUGCUAGUUUUUCCAACGACCCACUUCACCCUUUUGUCGAAUUCCCUGAGAAGCAUAAAAAUAAGAUGAAAUUCUUGGUGGGUGUUUCUGUGUUUGUUAAUUUAGUUCUUUUAACUGUCGCUGGAUCGGGACUUUUCUUUAUUUGUUGCAAGAAGAAGCCACUGAAAGCAUCAGAUCGUGAUCAGAAGAGAAAUUUGAGGGAGUUCAGCAACGUCCAUUUCUUCACCUAUGACGAACUCACAGAGGCAACCAAUGGGUUCACGGAAGAGUUAGGAAGAGGAGCUUUUGGUAUAGUUUACAAAGGUAUGAUUGCCUUGGAAGGUUCUCUAAUUGACAUUGCUGUAAAAAAGUUAGAUCGAAUGUUAUCUGUCGAUGCUGAUAAGGAAUUUAAGACUGAAGUGAGCGGAAUAGGUAGGACUUACCACAAGAAUCUAGUACGACUUGUGGGGUUUUGUAAAGAGGAAGAUCACAGGCUAUUGGUAUACGAAUAUAUGAGUAAUGGAACCCUAGCAGACUACCUUUUCGGUGAUUCAAGGCCUAGCUGGGUGGAAAGAGUUCAAAUUGCCCUUGGAAUCGCAAGAGGAUUACUGUAUUUGCACGAGGAAUGUAGCACGCAGAUAAUCCAUUGUGAUAUAAAGCCCCAAAACAUACUUCUAGAUGAUAAUCUUUAUGCUAAGAUAUCGGAUUUUGGGUUGGCGAAGCUUUUAGUCCUAAACCAAACUCAUACCAACACGGCCAUAAGAGGAACGAAAGGGUAUGUGGCUCCAGAGUGGUUUAGGAAUAAACCUGUCACACUAAAAGUAGAUGUCUAUAGCUUCGGGGUUCUAUUAUUGGAGAUUAUAUGUUGUAGAAAAAAUGUAUGCAUUGAAUUGAUAGAGGAAGAAUGUCCGAUAUUGACAGAUUGGGCAUUCGAUUGCUACCAAUCUAACACAUUAGAUAGCCUGGUUAGAGGUGACAUUGAAGCACUUGAUGACUGGCAAAGACUAAAGAGGUUUUUGAUGGUUGCGUUGUGGUGUAUUCAAGAAGAUCCAAGUCUCCGUCCAACAAUGAGAACGGUCUUGCAGAUGCUUGAAGGGCUUGUCAUAGUCCCUAAACCUUCUUGUCCAACCAUGCUCUCUAACAUGUAACACCCAUUAAUUAAGCAUCCUUACUCAAAGUAUAUGUAAUGAAUAGAGUUGUGUUACUCUAUCUGUAUCUUACAUCAUCAUCGUAUGCGGCGUAUCCCGCUCUUAGAAACUAUAAUUAUGUUCUGGGGAGGGAUGAAAGACGGUAACCCAUACCGAUAAAGGAAGGUGCUCAUAGAGUCCCCUGGCUCGAGAAAGACAGUCAUUUACUAUCAACUUGUGUCUUUAAUCUAUGUAUUUUGCUGUAAUGUCAUUCAAUUACUAUCAUCUUGUGUCUUUAAUCUAUGUAUUUUGCUGUAAUGUCAUUCAAUUACUAUCAUCUUUCACCUUUAA